CGGACUCAACAUACCCACAUCCGCCGCUGUGCUGACACGCCCCUCCUUUGUUUGAGCAGCCAUGACCGCCGAUACCGAGAAAAUAUACGAAGCCAGCCCGCCUCCGGACAUCCCGUUCGAUCCUGCCGCCCUCCCGUCGAAUCUUCAGCUUACGGACGUGCAGCAGAAGCUGUUCGAUGACGUUCUCAAGUACUUCGACAAGGAAGACUACGUUCUUCCCGAUGUGGAGAACGGGACUCUUACGGAGGAGGAGAAGUUCUGGUUGAGCGCUGAAUGCUUGCUGAGGUUCCUUCGUGCCGUUAAGUGGGCCAGUGCUCAGGCAGCAAUCAAGCGGCUCGAGGGUACGCUAAAGUGGAGGCGGGAGUUCGGUGUCUACGAUGUGAUUACCGCAUCGCACGUAGAACCUGAGGCAUUGACGGGCAAAAUGGUGCUCUGGGGUUACGACACCGACAAUCGGCCGGCCCUCUACCUCCGCCCCAGCAGGCAGAACACCGAGGAGAGCAUCCGCCAAGUGCACUUCGUCGUCUGGGCGCUAGAACGUCUAACAGAGUUGAUGGGCCCAGGUGUCGAGACAUUAGCCUUAAUGGUGAACUUUGCCGACCGCGCAAAGAACCCCUCUUUGACUCAAUCCCGCCUCGUCCUCAACAUCCUCCAGACACACUACCCGGAGCGCCUCGGUCGCGCCCUCGUCACCAACGUCCCCUUCCUCGUCAACGCCUUCUUCAAGUUCAUCACACCCUUCAUCGACCCCCUCACGCGCCCCAAGCUCCGCUUCAACCCCGACUGCACCGGAGAGGGCCUCUUUGCCCCCGGGCAGCUCCUCGCCGAGUGGGAGGGGGGCCAGGCGGACUUCGAAUACGUUCACGAGCGGUACUGGGAGCCUCUAGUCAGGUUAUGUGCGGAGCGGAGGGAGAAGAUGUGGGUGGCGUGGAGGGAGCUGGGCGCCAAGGUUGGCGUUAGGGAGUGGGAUGUGAAGUGUAAAGCCGAGUUGGAGGCGAAGGCGAAGGAGGGAGAGGAGGGGACGAAGGCGACGGUGGGCACGCCGAUAACGGACGUAGCGGCCGAGGAGAAUGAGGCUGAGACGCAAAACGGGGAAGCGGCUGCCGCGGUUGCUCUCUGAACGUUGGGUCUCGAGGUGCGCGAUCAUGUGUCUUUUUGGUUUAUUCGAAGCCUACUGGGCUUCCUAGAUGUGAGCUAGAUGACGCGGGCACACCUCUUGCUGAAUAGACGUAUCUUAGAUGUUAGUCUAGUCUUGAUGAUUAUGUGUCG